AGCAACGCCUGGCCGGGCUGCAUGGCGAACGAGCCAACCAGUAUCAAGCUUACAUUCGCUUGUCUAUUAUUGCUAAUCUUUGCUUCAGCAGGAAGAUACGUUUAAGAUCUCAGCGGCGCGGGAAAUUCCCCGAGCUGGCUGCACGUACGCUUGCAAUUUUGACGCAUCUCUAUUCCAUUACUGCAAUGCAAAUCUGAAAGUAGGCUGUAAAGCAAGGCGCGGCAGCCAUGGAGUACGCGACGCUGCUUGAGCUGCUCCAAAAUUUGCACUCGGCUGGAGGCGUCGAGAGCGAUGAGAUCCUGCUGUAUCUGCAGCAGUUUAAGGAGGGGUUCUUGAAGCUGCUCGACUUCAAGGGCCCCUCGCCGGAGUCGCGGCGCCAGGUGCAGUCGCGCAAGGUCACCACUGCCAAGUUCGGGGUCCAGGAGCUUGACCUGGUACCGGACGUGCAGCAUGCUCUGCUGCUGAGUGACGAGCUGCGGCUGGAUGAGCUGCUGUGUGUGGAGUACCUCACCUCGGCCCUGGAGGAGCGCGGAGUGUUCGGAGCCGAGUACGCGGCCGGGCUGUACCUGGAGGAGCGGCAGGUGGCGCUGCGCUGUCUGGCCCGGCUGCUGGCGGAGGACGCGCGCACGCAGCAGAGCGCGCAGCACCACGCGGCGGGGGGCGGGCCGGCGGGCACACGCACGCCGCACGCGCAGGCUAUCGCCGCCUACGUGAGCGAGCUGUUGAGCGAGAAAGACGCCAGCGGCCGGCAGGUGCUGGUGUCGCGACUCAUCGCCAUCCUGCGGGACACCUCGCUGGAGCCGCGGCCGGGCACGGCGCUGCCGCUGGUCCGCGACGAGGCCGGCAACCCGGUGGGCCGCGGCCUGCUGCUGCAGCGCGAGCGGCGUGAGGCGGCGCGCUGCCUGCUGUACGCGGCCGCGCGGGAGCCGGCCCUGGCGCCGGCGGUGGCGGGCGAGCUGCUGGAGCUGUUGGCGGGGCUGCUCAGCCGCAUGGGCGGCACAGGCUCGGGCGACCUGUUCCUGGUGGAGGAGGCGCAGCUGGUGCUGCUGGCGGGUUGCUGCGUGCUGGUGCCGCAUGAGGGCAGGGCGUUCCAGCAGACAGCGCUGCAGGAGCUGGUGACGGCCACCCGCAGCAAGGUCGAGUCGGUGGGCCAGGCGGGCUACGGCGCUGCGCUGCGGCUGUGCUGGGGGCUGCUGGCGCUGGUGAGCCAGGCGGCGCCGCAGGACGGUGCGCACUGGGUGCGGGAGGCGCUCAAGGCGGGCGCGCUGGCCUUCAUGCGGCAGCUGUUCCAGCACCCGCACUUCAAGCUGGACGACGUCACGCACUCGCACGUGGUGGCGGCGGCCGUGCACCACAUCCUGGCAGCGCUGCUCAGGACGGACGCGGAGCGGGCCGCCGGCGCCUUCUACCAGCAGCUGCUGCAGCGCUCCGAGGCCGCCAUCCGGCCCACCGCCGGCCACGGCCACGGAGCCGUGCUGGCCUACACGCCCUUCCCGCCCGAGUCACCCGAGGCGCGCGCCGACCAGCUGGGCUCGCUGCUGGGGCUGCUGGCGGACUGCUUCGAGGCCUACCCGGAUCUGUACCUGUCCAACCUGGCGGACCAGGAGGCGGGCGCGCGGCCUGUGCGCGAGCUGCUGGAGCGGGCCAUCAACUCGCCCGUCAUGAGGAGCAGCCCGGAGGUGCGCGUGCCGCUGCUGCAGCUGCUGGCGGCGCUGGCGGGCAGCGAGCGCGGCGUGCACCUGGUGCUGAGGCAGAUGGACGCCAUGGCAGCGGUGCCGGCGCUGGAGGUGCUGACGCUGCGCAAGCUGUUCCACACGGUGUUGGCCUACUGCCUGCGCUUCUUCGCCACCACCUCGGAGAUCCAGCGCCAGCAGCAGCUGCAGCUGCAGGGCGGCAUGGGCGCGGCGGGGCUGCAGGGCGGCUCCUCGCUUCUGUCCGCCUACGAGUCCAUCAUCAACCCCUACGAGGCCGACAUCCUGGUGGCCUUCCUGCAGCUGCUCAAGCGUGUGCUGUGCCACGGGCGGCCCGCCGAGGUAGCCGCCUUCUGGGCCGCCUCCUCCGCCGACCUGGCGCCCUCGCUCAACGGCUUCCCGCUGCAGGAGCCGCUGUUCCAGCUCAUGUGCUACCCGGUGCAGAACAGCGUCAAGGCCGCGCUGGACGAGGUGCUGGGCGCGCUGGCGGCGGCGCUGCCCGACCUGGCGCCGCGCCUGCUGGAGCGGCUGCUGCAGUGCACCGUGGUCAAGGCGCCCGCGGCGGUGCUGCCCACCGUGCCCCGCCUGGACAUCGUGCAGCAGCUGAACGAGAUCGAGGCGCGGCGCGAGGAGUACCCCGAGACACUGGCGCUCAUGAGGCUGCUCAACGCGCUGCUGGGGCCGCUGGCGGCGCCGCCGGCCCGGGCCGGCGCGGCGGGCGGCGGCGGCGGCGGUGCGGGCGGCGUGGGUCUGCCGGACGGCGGCGCCGACGUCAGCAGCUUCACGCUGUUCAUCCAGCAGCACGUGCUGGGCCAUCUGUGGACGCGCGGCUACCGCAUCGCCGCCCAGAAGUGGGAGGUGGCGGCGGCGGCCUUCACACACCUGGAGCAGGUGCUGCAGCUCGCCACGCGGCCCGGCCUGCCGCCGCCGCUGCCCGCCUCCGAGGCCGCCGCCACCGGCGCCAAGCAGCCGCCCGGGUACCUCAUCAUGCACGACCUGCUGGGCGGCGGCCCCGCCUAUGCGGCGCUGCUGCACGUGCUGAGCCCCGGCUACGCGGCGGCGCUGACGGCGCUGGCGGGAGACAGCGACGAGGUGGGUGCGCGCGAGGCGGCGGUGCUGGCGGGUCUGCGGCUGCUGAACGCGGCUCUGCAGCUGGACGGCCCCUUUGUGGAGUCCCUGGCGGCCACCAACCUCAGCAACAGGUACCAGCCGCUGCACCAGAAGCUGCUGUCGGGCGGCGUGCGGCAGGCGGCCACGCUGCUGCAGUACGUGUGCUACCCCGACAGCGCAGACAUACAGGUUGAGGCCAUCCGCCUGGCGCUGGAGCUGUCGGCGCGCCUGCCGCACCUGGUGGAGCUGCUCUCCACAGCCGGAGCCGGAGGCGGCGCGGGCGGGGCAGGCGCCGCCGCCGGCGUGCCCUUCAUCUCCGCCGCCGCCGCCGCCGGCACCGUGGGCGCCGCCGCCAGCGCGGCCGGCCUGGCGGCGGCGGCGGCGGCUGAGGACCUGUCGGACGUGCUUGGCUCGCUGCGGCGCGGCUUUGCUCAGGCCAUGGCGGCGGGCGUGGCUUGUCCCAAUGCGCUGGACAACCUGGAUGCGCCGCCCGCGGAGCGGCUGGGCCCCUAUGGCGGCUCGCCCGGCUCCGACUCGCCCGCCGACCCCCGCGCGGCGCUGGUGCUGCGGCUGAUGCUGGCCACCAGCGCCCCCAGCCUGCCCACUCCCUCCUUCGCGCACCUUCUCCUGGGCUACGACAUGGAGUGCGCUCUGGGCGGGCGACUGGACGAGUCUCUGCUCAUCCCGCACCAGGAGUACUCCUGCCUCACCAUACUGGAGCGCCUGCUCACACAGCACGACAUGAGGAUGGCGCUCACCAAGCCCAAGCUGUACAGCCAGUGCCUGUGCCUGCUGCACCGCCUGGCCGCAUCGCCCGCGGCGGGGCUGCCCAUGCUCGAGUACCUCAGCCCCAAGAACAACCCGCUCAUCCCCAGCCUGCGCGGGCUGCUGACGCUGGAGCUGCCGGGUGGCGGCCACGGCGGCGGCGGCGGCGGGCUGGCGGGCAUGGUGUUGGGCGAGGCGGCGGAGGCGCGGCCGCACGAGCUAUCCGCCGCCCUGCACAGCCGCUCCUGGUACAUGCGGAUCACGGGCCUGCUGCUGCUGCGUCUCCAGCACGAGGACUCGGCGCGACAGCUGCUGGCGGAGCUGUUCGCGCCGCCGGGCGCCCCCGCGCUGCCAACCGACCCGCACGCCGCCAACGGUAACGGUAACGGUUACGGCGGUUACUCGGCGGUUAGCUCCUCGGUUGCUGGUACCAGCACGCUGCUGGACACGAUGCGGGCGGCCUCGGGCCUGGUCUUUCCGGAGCCGCAGCUGUCGGACCUGAGUCAGGAGCAGCGCCGCAUGCUGCAGGACCUGGGCGCAGGCGAGUCGCCGCCCCUGGAACAGCUGCUCACAAACCCCGCGCUCAUGUCGGCGGCAGGCGUGGCCAUGGCCUCAGACACGGGCGACCUGCUCUUUAGCGUGGACGCCCUGUUCGGGCUGCUGCGCCGCCGGCUGGACGCCUACGCGGCGCGCGCCGGCGGCGUGGCGGGGCUGGGCGGCGCGGCGGAGGCGGGCGCGGAGGCGGCGCGCGGCGCGCUGCGGCACGCGGCCCGGCACAACGCGUACGUGCUGCUGGCGGGUGCGCAGGCGGCGGCGGUGGAGGCGUGGCAGCAGCUGGUGCAGGUUGUGUUCACUCGCUCCUACGAGCUGCUUAACGGGCUGCUGCGCGGCGGCGCGGCGGAGGCGCUGUACGAGGUGCUGGUGGCGGCGCUGGAGGCGGUGCGGCGGCUGAUGGGCCGGCACGACGGCGCGGCGGAGCGGGCGGCGGGGCCGCUGUGCUCCGCGGCGCGGGUGCUGCUCAGCAAGCUGCAGGAGCAGGCCAUCCUGCACGUGAGCCUGGGCCAGGCCUCCGACCCGCUGGCGGCGGUGCGGGUGCCCAGCCGCUGCCAGGCGCUGCUGCGGCUGCUGGUGGACUUGAUCAGGGCGGCGCACGCACGCCGCACACCCGCGGUCAGGCUGCAGCUGUACGCUGCCACGCUGCAGUACCUGCAGCUGUCGCGCGGCUCCAAGCUCGCCACCAGCUGCGCCCCCGCCGUGCUGGCGGCGCUGCUGCAGGGCUGGGGCACGCCCGCAGAGGCCGUGGCGGUGCUGGACCAGUCUGAGGAGCUGAUCGAGCGCGCCAACGCGGCGGUGGUGGCGGAGGCCGGGCCCGCGCUCGUGGAGGCCCUGGCGGCGGACGCGCUCAACGGCUCCGCGCCGCCGCUGGGCCAGGCUGUGUCGCUGCACCUCCUCCGUGCCCUCCUCGCCGUGGACUCGGCGCACUACGGCGCCUCCUCCGCGUCCUCCGCGCCCGGCUCCGGCGCCGCCGCCGCGGCGUCUAUGGCGGCGUCCGCCGCCGCCGCGGCGGCGGCCGCCGGCUCCGCCGGCGCCGUGGUGGCGGCUGCGGCGUACAGCCAGGGCGUGCCGCAGCAGCUGCUGGGUCAGCUGGCGGCGCUGCCGCCGUCGGCGCUGACGGCGGCGGGCAAGCGCGCGCGGCGCAGCGUGCACGUGCUGGAGGCGGCGCUGGCGCUGCUGGCGGCGCUGGCGGCGGCGGGGCCGCCGGCGGCGCGCGCGGCGGCGGCGCAGCAGCUUUACUCGCUGAACGCGCUCACCGCGCUCAACCGGUGUGCGGCGCUGGACGUGGUCCCCGACGACCCCACAACCUCGCAGCCGCGCCCCGGCCUGCCCGGCUGCGGCGCCGACGGCGUGCGCUACCGGCUGAAUGCGCUGGCGGCGCCGCUGCUGCGGCUGCUGCUGACGGUGCUGGCGGCUCUGCCGGACUCGCCGGCGGUGCGUGCGGACGCGGCGGCCUUCGCGGCCGCGCACCACGGGCUGUUGUGUCGGGCCAUGAGCGAUGCGGCGGCCGCAGGCUCCCGCGGCGGCUGGGUCCCGGGCGACUCAGAGCUGGAGCUGGCGGACCUGGGCCUAGGCCUACUGGUGCGGCUGGUGCCGGCGCUGCCCAGCCUGCCGCCGCUGGUGGCGGAGCCGCUCAAGGCCGCCGCCUACAAACUGGCGUUCCAGUUCUGCUGCCUGGAGGAGCGCUCCGCCUCGCCGCUGGUGCAAUCCCUGAGGGCCGCGCGCCGGGAGGCAAGCAGCGCCGGCGCGGGUGGGGGUGCGGGUGCUGCGCAUCCGCACGCGAACGGCGGAAACGGAAGCAGCGCGAUGGUGGUUGCCGGCGAGGAGGCGGCGGGGGCAGGGCUGGGUGGCGGCGCGGCGGGCGGGCGCGGUGAGGCGGCCAGUCGCGGCGCGCGCAUCAUGUCGGUGCGCUGCAGCCUUGCGCGGCUACUGCGGGACAUGUCGGCGGCGGCUGUAGCAGCGCCCAGCGCCCAUGCGCCGGCGGCGGGCAGCGGCGGCGGCGGUGCUACAGCCAACGGGGGUGCGGGCGGCGGCGCGGCCCCGGCGGGCCUGCUGCGGGCUGUGGGUCCGCCGGAACGGCGCGAGCUGGACCCGCUGACGGGGCGGCCCACACUGCAGCUGGUGCGAGACAUGGCGCAGCAGGCCUGCCACGACGCCUCCGCCGCGCUGGACGAGCUGUGCGAGUUGCUGGCGCUGCUGCGCCUGCCCGACUCCCACCUGGACGAGGCCACAGUGUCGGACCGACUGCGAGCCUACGCGCCGCCCGGCUCUGCCACCGUGGCGGCGGCGGUGGCGGCGGGCGCCUCCGCCGCGGGGCUGGCGGCGCGGCGGCGGCUGGCACGGCACUUCUGGGCCCUGGCGGCGACGGCGCUGGACCGGCAGCUGUCGCGCGCGCUGUUCGUGUUGGAGGCGGGCCUGAGCACCAUAGCCAUCCACUUCCUGCGGUGCCUGCCGCGGCCUGGAGCCGGCGCGGCGGCGGCGGGCAAGGACUCAGCAGCCGCCAUGGACACUGACGAAGUGCUGGCGGCGGCGAGCGCCUGUCUGGACCUGGACCUGGGGGCGCUGGGCGGCGGCGGCGGCGGCGGCGGCCGGGCGCUGCCGGCGCCUGGCGAGGCGGAGGCGAGGGCGCUGGGCUCGCCGGAGGAGCUGUCCAACUUCAUGGUGCAGCUGCAGGACACGUGCCGGCACGCGGAGGAGCUGCUGACGCGGCUCACGGACGCGGCGGCGGAGGCGGGCGCCGCCGGCGGCUCGGCGGCGGGCCUGCCGCUGGGCGGCCUGGCGGCGGGUGGCGGCGGCGCGGGACGCGGGGGGCCGAGUGUUGGUGGCGGCGUGGGCUGGGGCUCCUCGCUGGAUGCCUUUGGCUCUGCGUCUCAGCCGCAGCAGCAGCCGGUGGAGGGCAUUGACAUGAUGGUCCGUGCGCUCAAAAUGUACUGCUCGAGGAGCUGAUUGAUCGGCUGGGGGUUAUGUUGGAGCGGGACGGCUGGAGGUGGGGUGGAGGGGCUAGGGGGCUGAGUCCAUGAGUCACGUGUGCGUGUGUGUAGGGGCGCUAGAGCGAAAGAUUGGGUUUGGGUGCUGGGGGGUGCUGGAGGCGUGUAGCGGUAGGUAGCAGUGGCGGCAGGCCGCUCAUAGACGGUGCAGGUGUGCGCCACGUUGCGGGCGUCGGUGAGGAUGGCGCUGUGUGUCGAUGGGCGUGCGUCAAGACGAUAUAAGUUGUGCCCGAAACCAGCUUUCGCGUAGGCAAUUUUGCAGGAUUCUUACGUGGGUGGAGUCGGAAGCGGCCAUCCACGCUGUGUAAGUGGCAGUUUAAGGGCUUUCUGCGCGCGAGGAAAUGCCGGGGCCAACGCCGGGGCCUCAAAAGACAAAAGCCUCC